UUACUUCCGGCAGGGAGAUGGGUUUGAGAGCUCGGGAGGGUUUUUUCCUGCUUUCUCUCUUCCAAAAGUGUCUCUAAAUGAAAUUUUACGAUCGCGGGGAUAUUUUCUUAUACAAUAACGCUUUAAACGAUGCAUAACAAACGCCGCCGGUCUUGUGUAGAGGUUGCUGCCUUUGCAGAGAAUAUUUAAGAGGGAAAAUACACAGAAGAUGAGAUCUGCACAGUACCCAACCCCAGCAGAAUUGGAUGCAUAUGCUAAGAAAGUUGCCAACAAUCCACUUACCAUAAAAAUCUUUCCAAAUAGUGUCAAAGUACCACAAAGAAAACACCUUCGUCGUACGGUGAACGGUUUGGAUACUUUGGGCCAGCGAUUCAGCCCUUACCCUUCUCAGGCCAGCUCUAACCGUGGUUUACUUGCAAUCGUCAAGCUGCCCACGAAGAGGAUUGUGAAAGACUUUGACGGAACCCGCGCGAGGUUGCUGCCAGACAUGAAUCCCCCGUCUGCUCCCUACGCUGCACCUAGCACUUUAUCCCACCCACAAAACAUGCUGCUGCAACCAGGUUUACAUGGAUACCGGAAGAUGCGCCCCGACGGGGAUGCCCCUCCCAACAUCACGGUGUCUACCUCAACCAUUCCACUCUCCAUGGCUGCUAACCUGCAGCAGAACAGGCCCUCUGACUUGAACAGCAUUGUGCACCAGAUAUACCAGAUGUGCCAGGCCAGUGCGGGCCUUACCACUACCUCAGUCUGUGAGGGACAGAUCGCCAACCCUAGCCCCAUCAGCCGCAAUGUGUUGAUUCACGCCAGCACUAGGGUGUCGGGUCGCGGUGUGCCAGGACACCUGCCCCCAUGCAUUGUGAAUCCAGGGGACCCAGCCAUCACCAUGACAGCCAUUGCUCCUGGCAGCUUUGCCAUGGGCAAUAUGAACAGGAUGCAAGCAGCCUACCAGAAUGACACAGAUUCUGCCACAUGGCACCAGCACCAGCUGGCACAGUUGCAACAUCUGACCAGAGACACUGCUGGCACUGGGUAUCCCAACAAGUUUCACAGAGAGAUUUCUGCCGCAGGGUUCACCAGCAAGACGUUGAGUUAUCCUGCCGAGCUGUACCUGGGCCAGCCUUACAACCUGAGGGUUCCUGGCGAUAAGUUGUCGCCGUCUCCCCCAGUCAAUGGAAUCCAGGGGGCUUUGCCAUAUUCCAACGGGCAGUACUUCCAACCAAUAUGGAACAACAUCCUUCCGACUCCCAACAGCGACAGUUCUGGGUCCCAGGACCUUGGCAUGGUGUUUCAUGGAGGAGCUUCUGGCCCAGUGGACUGUGUGGUGGGGACUCCCUUUCGAGCUGGAGCUGGUUCCUCCAGCCAAACAAAUGUCCUGCAGACUGUGGACUACCUGGGUGGGGACUACCAGAACUCCUGCUUUAGGGACCAGACUAUGGGAAUGUUGGGGAAGAUCCACAGGCCCCCCAUCAGCCGAGGUCCAGAACCAAAUCUUAAUCAGAAUAGUCAUGUUCAUCACCCUGUGUACAGAUGAACUGGGUUCAAGUAACUGUGGUGCUCUAGUCAGUCUUAACAGCAAUUUUUGAUUAUGUUCUUUGUGUUAAUGCCUUUGCCAAACUUGUCUGUUUUUUUUUUCAUUUGGAAAACACUUCUUUGGCAAUUUUUUUUUCUCUCGCUUUUGGUGCGAGGAAGGCUAUUUCUGCAAGAUUGAAGUCAGUGUCUAACCACCACCUUGAUGUGUGAUUAGAAACUGGUUUCAGUGACAGGAUUAGAGGGAGGGGAAAGAAUGCAAAACAGAUGCAAUCUUGCAAAAAACAUCUGCAGUUCCAGAAUCUCUGUUGAAGUGAGGAGUGUGAAGAGCUUUUGGCAGCUGCUCAAUUAUCUGGCAUGUGUCCAUGCAUCACCCACAGGCAUUCAAGGCUUUUAGUGUAAAAUGACACAGAAUUGUCCCUAUUAGCAGUUGUUGAGCAGCGUAGGAACCCCUUUUGUACCACAGUGUGUCAGAAUACUGUGUAUUUGAGUAUUCUUUUUAUCUCCAUUUGUACUGCUUUCCUACUGCAGGUUAUGUGGCUUGUGCUCACAAUUUUUAGUGAUUCCCAAACCCCUCCUUUUCCUCUUGUAUCCCACUUGUACUGCUGGUUUGUUGCAGGCUUUGCAAUCUCUGAACUGCAGAACUCUGUUUAACCCUGAUAGAUAAUCCAUUUGCAGAGCUGUCACUAGGUGGAAAAAUGUUCAGUGAUGUUUAUGGCUGAAAAACAGACAGAUUGAAAAUUCAUUUUAAAUUUACAGAGCUGUGUUUGUUUUUUUCCUGUGAUUUGGAUGAAAAUAGGCCCCAGUUUCAAAGCAAAAUGAAGAACUGUCACUGCAGAUUACAGUACAGUGAAUUUUAUGGUGGUUUUCUUUGAUAAGAAAUGUCAGCACUCUGUAUUCACCCCUUCUGUAUCAGACAGACCAGCUCCCUUCAUCUGGCUGGAGCUUACUGGAGAGCUCUGUACAGGUGGCGGUUUUGUUUUUCAGGAUGAAAUGGGGCAGAAAGUUCCAUCACACCAGUGGAGUCACUAUAUUGUGUGGUGCGUGACCUUCCGCGGAAUCCUUUUGUGGAAAGCUUACUCAUUACCUAAAGUGGUAAACAUCUGUUAGAUGUUUUAAGGGGCAGCAUCUUAAUUAUUUGCAUCCUGUUGUUCAGUGCCUGCUGUGGAGUCUGCAAUUUUAGGAAAAAAAGUGUAUUCAUCCAGAAAGAUUUGACAUGGACUAUCCCAAUUAAUAUUAAGGUACCAUUUUUAGUUUGAAGUUGAAGCCCAAAUGUCUGUCUGACUGCAAACCUUCAGCUCAGACUUCUUGCCAUCUACUCGGAAAGCCUUGGUCCCUGGUUCAUUGGUCUCUGUAGGUUUAGAAAUAUUUGCCUUUUGAGCAGCUGCAGUGUUUGGGGUGGCUGGGAUGAGACUUCUGACUUGCAGCCUGUAUGUUUUAUAAUAGUUGUGACCAUGAAAUUCUGUUAAAAAUCCAGUUGGUUCACCCAUGUGCUGUUGGGGAUGGAGGCCUGCUGUUUUUAUCUGGUCUGUUCCUGUUUGCAGUUCUGGCUUCACCCACCCCAAGAGGGGUUGAGCAAGUCACUCAGUUGCAUCUCAAAUUGCUAGAAAGAGUAAAAUCUUCAGGAGGAACACCACCUUCAGAUACCUGAGGAUUGUCAGUAAAUGCUGGCCUUGCUCACGAUGUCCAUAUGAAAAGAAUGACUUUUUGGGGAAGAAAGCACCAUUUUUGUUAGAGGGUCAUGCACUGAAUUUAGUCAGCAACAAACUAGGGAGUUAAAUCUCUUCCUGUCGUUGAGUUUGUCUUAAAUUGAUGAAUCCUCACCCAUGGCACAAACCACCAGGUGCAAAGGUUCCAGGUUGUAUUGCCAAUCACUGCAGCUGACCUGGGGUAGCUUUAUGCAGACCUCCACACUUCUUGCUCUUCAGUGACACCUGGUAAAUUCUCGUGGAUGUUGAAUGAAUCGGUCUCUACGGUGAUGCACAACAAUGUCAAAUGAUAUGAAACAGGACACACGCUUGUGAUGUAGUUAUAGUGUCCCUCCCCACCUCUGACCCAGGAGGCCUGAGUUCAAGUCCCACCUGCUCCAGAGGUGUGCCCAAACAUCUCUGAACAAGUUGAUUUUAAAAAAAAAUCUAUGGCCCCCUGCUGUCUGGCCCAACACUAGGGAAAAUAGUUGAUGGUAAAAAGUGCUAGAAGCAUGUUAACGCAAACACGUUUCGCUCUCAACAUAAAUUGGCUUUAGGAGUGAAUUUGGUUUAAGGGAGAGGAAAUUGAAAAGAAUCCUUUUUAAACUCUGAAAUCAUGAGGACCUUUUAACUGCAGAAAAUAUUUGAUUUUGUUUCCCUACCCUAUCAACUAAAUGGGUCAUUCUGAAUAAUCUGUUUUAUGCAGCUGCUAUUUCUAGCCAUCAGACGUUACCUAGGAAUACAUCUUGUGAAUUUUAUGUCCAUGAAAUACUUCUCAUCACUACUCUACCUGGAAGGCUUAAAGUAUUUUAUCCUGCUGGUCCUUGAGCAAAAAGGCCUUUUAUCAAAUUAUUUUAAUUGCAGACAAGUUUGGCAACAAAUGCAUUGAAUGCAGUUUUACUUUUCUUUUUCCAUACACUGGCUGAAUAUUGCUAUACUACUGUAACUUUAAAAAAGUGUAAUAAUUCUGUAUGAAUGUUGCCUGUUAGUGAGGGUCUGAGUAGCAGCAGUUGUGUACGAGUGAUGCCGUUGACAUCUGUAAGUCAUUGGUCUCCCUCAAAAGCCCAUUGAAAAGCCUUAAGUCUUUGCUCCCUUCAGAGCACUUACAAUGGUUUGGAAUUGGAAAGGUGGCAUCAUUCUUAGCACAAAGCUAUUGGUGGAUAACAAUAAUUCUCGAGGUUCUCUUAAGCAACAGAAAAAGCAGACAAAAUAUUUUAUUUAAUAUUUUUAGAUGUGUGUAGUUCAGGGCUUAAACAAUUUGUCCCCCUCAUCCUACAGCCUUUUGAGGCUUCAAAGCUUUACUGAUGUUGACUAGUUAGGCGAUAGAUGUUUGUGACUGGAGCUACUGUUAAAGCUCAGUCAGGUUAUCAUUGAGAGUACUGCAGCAUUAAGGCUGCCAGAGAAACUGUAAUGGUGCCUGUUGGAACACUUCACAAUGUCCACAGAUGGUGGCUGUUUAGUAACUGUGCAGCACGUUCUAUUAUUACCUUUUUCUGUGCUGACUUCUCAUCACCAACCCCCUCCCCAUCCCCAAAACAUGUGCACACUCUGAGAAAAUAAGUAACACUGUUUUCCUAAACCAUUCUUGAACCCUUCCCUCCUGUGAAAUGAAUGAGCAUUGUAGGAAAAAUCAGUUCCAUAAAUUUUGAAAAAUUAGAUUAAUAGCCACAAUACUUCAUAAAAGAGCUGCUUAAUAGAUAAAGUUUUGUUUUUGGGAUCUUCACACUCAGUUGUAUUGUAUCUGCACAUCAGUAAAGGCAGAACUUUCUGAUUCUUGAGAACUGUUCAAGUUCUGUUUUCAAGCUGUCCUUCCCAACAAUUCACUCUGAUCAAUCAUGACUGCAAUUGUUGAGCAUAGUCUCUGAUACAAUCCUUUUCUUUCUCCACCAAGUUGGAUAGCUUUCAGAACGGAAUUUAAUGGAGACCCAUUUUCUAGCUGGAAGACUUUUAGACUUUGUUAUGGUUGAAAUGGCAGAAUAUCUGUUUUGCUGUUAGAUUUCAGUAUUGUCACUAGAUUUCAGUAUCAAAUAACUUUUUCUGAAACUUUCCAAUGUCCAUCACUCAACUGCACAAUGACAUUGUGCCAUCUCAAAGUUUAGUUGUGGCUGCCAAGUGUUUUGACCUGUGAAGACUGGCAUUUACAAGUCUGUCGCUGGUUUUAGUGGCAAUCCUGUAUAAAUUGGCAAGUGAAGAGCACUCUUUCCCAUGUCCCCUUCAUAUUGAUAUGUUAAAGCAUUCUGGCAAAGAGUACAGAAAUGGUCAUGUUCUUUGGGUGUGGUAGUAAUAGAGCCAAAGUUUGAGCAGAAGCAGGGCGAUUGAAAUAGCUUUGUCUAUGAAAAUUAGUGCUUUCUUGAAGACCAUAACAUGGUUUUCUCUCAUGACGGGUGGGGGGGGGGGGUGUUGCUUCUCUGCACACCAAGAUUUAGACUGUAAUGCUUGACAGAACAUCUGACUGUCCUAAUUUAAUUGAUUUUUGUCACAAAUUUAUUGGUAAUGACUGUAUGUAAAUGUGUGGCCUUGCUGUAGAAAUCAGUUUUACUCCAAACAAAGUAUUUUGCAGCAUUUACAGUUGUGACCUACUAAAACAGCUUAAGUGCCAUCCAGUGUUUUUGAUUUUUGACGAAGGAGCUUUAGCGACAGAUUUAAAAAUUAGGUUGUAAACAAUAUUCAAUGGGAGACAAGGAUUUGCUGUCUCUCUGCAAUUUCUCUCAUUGUGUGUUUUGGGUGUCAGACACUUGACAGGCUUUUCUGAGAUUGUGAAUAUCAGCAGAGAGGGUGUGCUGUGAUGUUGCUGGGAGUGUGAAAUCCCAUAUUGCACGAUUGUUUUUCCUCCAGGAUUUCAGUAAAGUUGAGCAAUAGUUCUGUGAAGUUGAACUAAUCUGCCAACUUCAACUUUGAAGAAAGCAGUGGAUUAAGCUUCCAAAUAUUACCUUUUGCAAGCUUCAAGAGUGUCCAGAGCUAGUGUUGACAAUUUCUAGAUGUAUUACUGGCAGAGGCAGGAGUAGUUUGAGGUAAUGGAACUAAGUAAGUGUGUCAACUUCCAAGAGUAUUUAUUGAAUGUGUUUUCUAUAGUUUUAAUGGUUUCAGUAUCCAGUGACCAUACGGCUAUGGAACCUGUGCCUGUUCUGAUAAUUUAAGAAGCUUUUUAGUAUGUUUUUAUUUUUGUUUUAACUGCCCUGUGCUGAUUCUAAUGAACAUGUAUUUUUUUUCUUUGCUGAAAUGUGAAAAGGGUGCCUCCACAGAGCUUGGCUGAAUAAUUUAUUUGCUGCAUUUGCCCACUGUGGAGGAGACUGCUGCUGUAUUCCUUUUAAAAGAUAAAUAUAAGCUGCUUUUAUACGUGCUACGGGUAAACUUGAUCUGGCUGCAGAAGACGUUGCAGUUGAUGGAGUUACAGAUGGAAAGCUGCACCUGAUGGGCACCUAGCUAGGGAUAGGACGUGUUUGGAGUAGAUAUGCACAGGUGGAUGAUGCAUUUUCACAUGGACUUGGACAAAGGCUGAGGCCAAAACCUGUAGAGAGAGUGCCAAUUUCUGAAGCAGAGCCACUACUUUGAAAACCCUUAUCCAAAGGGUGGUGCCACCUUUUUUCAUUUUUUUAAGCAUUUGUACCCCACUUUCUUGGGCAUAUAUACAGAAAUGUUUUGUAUGAAGUACUUGAGUUCCCUUGCCUUUGAAUUAUUUCUUUGGAAACUCUGUAUCUUUUAGACUCCCACCCUCACCAGUCCAGCUCCUCAUACAGUCUGGUAUCUUGCACUGAGAUGCUGACCUCACUGUGCCACUGGAUUUUUUUUUUAAAAAUCAUCCACUGAUGUAACUUUUUUUUUUGUUUUAGUGUUUUGCCAUUGACUGAUCUUGUUGAGCAGUGUUCUUUGGAUUGGGAUUAUGCCAUCCAGCUGACCUGAGCUACAUCGGCUCACCAGUCUGUACUCGUUCUUGCACCCGGACACUGAACAGCCAUAUCUGUCAAGUUUUUAAAACUUAUCCCAUUUUAACUUUUCUACCAAUUUGAGAAUCCUUUUUAAAAUUGUUUUGAAUUAGUGUGAUAUCACAAUCAGCAACCCUUCCACCAAACCACAUCCUUAUUUUUGUCUGUGUGUCCUUCAUGCCCAGAGACCUGUACACAUGCUCUUGUUUUUCUGCCCCUGCACUGUUCUAGUCAGCAAGGUGUGCAGAGAACGUAGCCUGUAGAUUUCUAGGUAGCCCUGUUGUCAGCAGAGAUGGGAGUAGUGGCAGCUCUCUUUCUGACUCCUCCCCAGCCUCCAUUGGCAAAGCUAUUCCUUCUGCUGGACCAAGAAAUUUGCCAACAUGUUGACAGCUUGAAUGACCAUUUGAAGCUGUGUAACUGACUCUGAUUCUGACUCUGUCCAAAACUCUUAACACUAGCGCUGGGGCUGAACCAGUAUUAAUUAACAGGAGUGAUUUGUAGAGUACCAAUUUCUUGUUUCAUUGCUACGAGAAACUGAAUUUAAACUAAGACACACCAAGGGUGCUCAUAAGGGGUAGACUAAUGCAACAAUCAGCACCUUCAUGAAUGUGCCCCCCCCCCCCCCCCCUCCCCCCAUAGGCAGCCCUCCAGUGUCUUAUUUGGGUAAAUGGUCACUUGUCUGAUACUGAUCUUUUGAGACUUCAUAAUGUAUGACCUAGCUUCUUAAUUUCGUAAAAAUAAAAUCAAGAGGGUUUUAAAAAGUUUUAAUUUUCCCUCCACACGGGGAAAAGCUCAACACUAACUGGUGUAUGUUUUACAAUGUUUUCAGAAGUGGAAAUGUGGAUGGUGAGCAGUUCUUGCUGUUGGAAGAUAUAUCAAAUUCAAUAUGAAAACGCUGUAUACUAUUGUAGAACUACAUUUUGAAGAAUAAAAAAAUUUGCACAUCUAAACUAAAGCUUACUUUAGAUGUUGAAAUUACAUCUUUUGAAAGCUGGUGUGGUAACCAGGCUGGAGAUGGGGCUGGCUGCUUGCUUCUGGUGAUCUGAAACUGGGCUUUUACAGGAAAGGCUGCAGGUUGGGCAUCCUGUCCCACAUUCGGGAAAUAGGAAAUAGUCAAAGUACUUGCUCUAAACGAGACGGACUAACCUGGAGCCCAGGACUGGACAAAUUGUGCACAAACUCUAACAGGGGUCUUGUCUCCAUCCUUAUCAAGGAUUGUUGUCUGUGAUAUUAAUGUCUCUUCAUACCACAGCUGCUGGGUAGUUCCAGCACUCCUGUUGAAUCUCUAAUGUUUCUUUUCCAUAUGUUUUGAAUAUAUAUUUCCUGUGAGGAGGAAGGUGGGGUUUGGAGAAGGGUGAUAAAUGUAUUGGUGAAGCAUUGCGUUUAUAGAAUUACACAAUCAUUCUAUAUUAUGAUUUGUAAAAAUCGCAUUCACUGACACACUGAACAAAGCUUCAGGUUUAGAACAUUUGAGGCCAUAUAAACAAGAAAUAUAGUCUUGUUGAUCAGUAAAGUACGGAAUGUUGAUCAAGGUUUCUUUUCCUUUGGAGGAUCAAAAUAAUUCUGGGCAGAUCUCCUUUUGAGUGGCCAUUUUUUUAUGAGCCCCACUUGUGCACACUCGCAUCACCAACUUCCCUGAACAUCCAGCAAGACUGACUGUCAGUCCUUCUUCUGUUGCAUUUCAAAGUUUGAGACUUGCACUGGUACUCCUCCUCCUUUUUACUAGUUUUUUUUGUUUUAUUAAAUUAAGCUUC